AUGGAACGGAAAUCUCUGAGGAUGAUUAAUUUUCAGGAUGGCAUUCUCGAUUCGUUCUAUACAGCUUGCACGACGUUUCAACUCUACCCUCUGCGUCACAUCAGAGUAUGGGUAGCUGUCGGGUCUAGCAUAGAAGUAGCAUAUCUAGCAAAAGGUAUUUCACGAAUAUAUAUCCAGAUCCUUAAUGAAGGAAGUAUCCUGACUAUGAAUGGACCACAGAGGGUCAUCAAGUAUCAGUGUUGCCAUCAGAAGCCACUAACAAUGGGAUCCUGGCCAGUUACGCAACCACUUCCUCAACCACACGCUGAUAAUUCAGACUUCUUUCUCAGGGUUGAAGCUCGAUUCAUAAACAUAUCAUUCAAUGCCAGAAUAUUCUUUCGGAAUCUUAUCUGGCAAUCUUUGGAGGUCGUUUCGGCAUCUUGGAUUCGAUUUCUUUCUGCCCAAUCCAUGGGGAACCAGCACCAAAUCCUCACCCCUCCACAAACCACUGACCAGUCGACUUUUUGCCUCAGGGCACAGCUGGCGAUGGCUAAGGACGCAUCAAAGAUCACGCCAUCCCCUCCCUUGUCGGCGAUACAACCCCUAGAGGUAUCAGAACAACAUGGAUAUGUUACUGGAGUACACUCCAGUAAGAAGCCAUCACCAGCGAAGUCGCCUAAGGCCAUUGAGUCGCCAUGGACCUUCAACUUUCACCCGAGCACACGUGGCUACGCAGCUGCAGCUCUGGUGCUCUCUCGUUUACGAUCCUCGAAAGUAUGCCUCACGAUUCAGCUCCAAACAUUAAAAUCAUGCUUAGGGAGCAUAAAGAGGGGCGUUGUGAUCUCCAGCAAUGGCCUGGUACCGGUAUCUACUGUGGAAGCUACUGACAGGCUGGGCCUCCCAACUCAUGUAAUAAAUGAAGCUCAGAAAGUGGUGCUCUUGAAUACUGCCAGAAUUGGUCACUCAGGUAUUAGACGUAAUGAGCUAGCCGAUAUCAUGGCAAAACAAGCAAUCACGGAAGAAACUCCAGUAGAGGAUGCUUUUCCAAAACAAGUACUGGUUGCUGAGGAGUACGUUCGUAAAGAACCAGUCUAUUGCUCUUUUUCACCACAUGAAGAGUUUAUGGAGACUAACAAUACUUCAGACACACCACACUCUCUGGCAAGUUCGCGAGUACUUGUGGGCGGAUUUGACUCAACAGCUUCCUGCAGAACCUCACCAAAAUCCAUCAAUGGUCGCCCGGAGCCCUUCUUCCUUUCCAACGUCUCUCCACGGUUAAAUUGUUCAAACCAACGCCGCGCGAUAAUACCCUGGCAGCCAGUUUAUGAUACGCCAUUCCCAGGCAGGUUGCCAGUAGAGACAGCAUUAUCAUAUAGUCCGUACGUGACUAGAAGCGUCAGAGGAAGUUGCCAGAUGAAGCAAGACUAA